CUUCAUCAAUCACAACUUGCCUUAACUCAAAGAGUUCUGCAACACAAACUUACAACUAGUAUCUUUUUGCUUUCUGAUUUGCAAGCUUUUCUCAGAAAAUGUUAAACACAAAGAAGAUCAUGAAGAUGGCCAAGAAAUGGCAACAUAGAGCAGCCUUGAGCAGGAAAAGAAUCUCCUUUCAGAGAUCAAGUACUACUAGCAAAUCAACUGCUGUAGAGAAGGGCUGUUUCGUGGUUUACACAGCAGAUAAAAUCCGCUUUGCUUUCCCAAUAAGUUAUCUGAGCAACUCUGUUUUCCAGGAGCUUCUGAAGAUCUCUGAAGAAGAGUUUGGCCUCCCAACCGGUGGACCAAUCAUGUUGCCAUUUGACUCAGUUUUCUUGAAUUAUCUCAUCAAGUUGGUCCAACGAAGAGUGGAUGGAGAUACGGAAAAGGCUUUGAUAUUGUCAAUCUCUAGUGCUAGAUGCUCUUUACAUUGUUCUUUUGAACUGCAAGAACAACAAAGUAGUAUUACUCCACAAUUGCUUGUAUUUUAGAGUUUUAGAAAAAUUAUUUGUGCUUUGUAAAGUUUAUAAUGGAUUAGAUAGACAAGUUAUUUCAG